AUAGGUAUGACCGAAGGUCACUUACUUCAUGCACCUAUCAGCUUUCCAGAACAGAUUUCUCCCUUCCUGUUGAUGGUGCCUCUGGAGGAGUUGAUAUGGAUGCACAAGGUCUUCCUGCCAUGAAGGAAGCACUGAAGGGAGCUCAGGAGAAGCAUGUCUUUCUGGAAAGUGAAAUCAAGUCAACCAGAGAUGUGCCUGGACAAAGAAGGUGGGAGAACAUGAUGUCCUCCUGGUGGUCUCAGCUAUCGGUUGCAGGCUCCUUCGCUCCAAGCUCCACACUAGACGGGUCACAGAAUUCUUCAGUCAUGACCUUGGUGGGUUUACCUAUUCCUCCCUCUGACAGAAGGACCACAGACAUACCCAGUCUGGCACAAUCUUCUGGCCUAACUCAGGCUUUGCAAAGGAGAUCCACAGCUCAGCCCGAACAUGGUACUGAAAUGCCGAGCUGGAACUCUGCUUCCUCAAGAAACCUUAGCCUUUUCAUGACAGUGCCAGGACGGAGGAGCUUCAGCCCUUUGUUUACUGACUCAAGGAAGAUUGCCCAGAGCCUUAGAUGCAUGCAGAAUCCUAGGAGACGUUCUGCUUAUGAGGAGUACCAAGAGUUUGCAUCCAGUGCUAUUGGAAACUUGAAAAUUGCUGAAGUUGAUCAAGGUGGAUGCUUUGUAAAGAUCCGGAACCAUGCCACUGAGGAAGAUGAGAACAUUGGGGGUUAUCUCUUGAAGCAAGACAUCAAAGGUCAACCAGUAGCUGUAUUUAGGUUUCCCUCUGAGAUCAGGAUGGAGCCCAACUCCACCGUGACAGUGUGGGCAGCAGACGCUAUGGUGAUUCACAGAUUUCCCUCGGAUCUUCUUUGGAAGGACCUGGAGAGAUUUAGGACAAGCCUUGACUGUACUACCAUUCUCUGUGAGCCUAGUGGCCAAGCUGUUGCUUGGUACACUCCUCUCUACUGGACCACCAGGCAAGAACUGAUGGCUACAGGGGAAAGUGAAGAACCUGAGAACAUUGUUAUACCAACUUUCUCUACGACAAGAGAGCAAUAUGAAAAGGAACAGGAAUCUACAAGAACUGAUACAGGGUGGAACAUGGCUGACCCAUGGCAAACAAGUAAAAAAAGACCAAACUUCAUCAAAAGGGAUAAAAAGACCUUUGCAUCCCUUUUCCCUAAUCAGAGUGCCUGGUGCCAAAGCCCAAACACUCCUGCACACCCUCACUUUUCCCUGGGUAGACCAUUAACCAUGGGGAAUGAUGGCAGCAGCUUGUGCAGGCAGUCCCGAUGUCAGCCAUCAAGGCCUGACCCCGUGCCAGGCACUCUGUAUGCAGGAACUAGGAGGAAGAAGAAUCCUUCAGUCCCCAGCUGUGUGAGUGAGAAAGGCAAAAGUCAGCCUCCUCAGUUAGCAGUGGAGGAGGAGGAGUCACAAAUAUCUGGUGAACAGUAGGAUUUCCCAGGAUGUGGUAUCCAAUCACCAACUAUUAGGAGGAAGGAGAGACAGCAAAUUUAAAGCUUGGUUGGUUUAAACAGGAAUAACUUGUUGGACGUCAGUCUUUCAGCUUCUCAAGACAGGUUAAGAGGAAUCAAUCUGGUUCAGGUGUUUCCUAAGAAGAAAAAAUCCCAAAAUAAACCAUACCAAGAUAAAACAG